AUGUAUUUUUGAGAAAGUUGCAUCCAACAUGUCAUUUCUGUUUUUCCAAGAUAUCAGAUUAUAGUUAAAGUGUUCGAUGAUUCUGAAUCAACAACUUUUGUUAUGUUUGAUCGGGAAGCUUCUUUGUACUUGAAGAAGUCUUGUGCUGAAAUGAUUGAAACUUCUUUGUACUUGGAGAAGUCUUAUGCUGAAAUGAUUGAAAAUCUUCAAAAGAAUGGCGAAUUAUCUGGAACUCCUAAAGAAAUACUUGAUUUGGUUGGCAAAUCAUUCCUUUUCAAGAUUGAUUUAAAGUCUUAUAGUAAUCCAAAAUUUGAACCAUCAUAUCGAGUUAAAAGAAUGUCAGAGGAUCCAAUCCUAAUAAGUAAAUUUAAGCCUUCUGAAAUUGAUGGGGAGAAGAUAGUAUCUGGUGAUACAGCUUUGAUGAAUAAAGGAUCAGAUAGUGUCAUGGAUUUUAUUCUAAGUAAAAGAUCAAGUGAAGAGGCUUUUGAUUUGUCAUAA